CGCGCUUCUUUGAACUCUUUCAUGGAGGAUACGGACAGCCAGAUCACCUGCGCUUGGACGCAGUUUAGCUGUCCUCCCAUGAAAAUGUUGGCAGUUCGGCUGAAGGAGUGUAGGAAACGACUGGUGACAUCUCCGUCUUUCUGGCUUGCCAUGAGAAGCGGUGGUGUAGAGGUGGAGGUCAGUCUAGUGUGGAUGCAGGGCCGGGUGAUUGAAGUACGGCAAGAGCGAGGCGGCAGCUUACGUUUAACAGAUGACACUCACACCUUCACUGUUUUUGGUGCAGACAGAGUGCCUAAAGGCAAGUCUUUCCUGGAGCAAGGAAAAUAUGUAAUGGUGAUGGGCAUUGUUUUAUCUUGUAAUCCUGAGCCUGUAUUACGUGCGGUGAAGAUAACAGACCUCUCAGACAAUCCUGUGCACAAGGGCUUGUGGAAGUUUGAAGUGGAUGAUCUACACAAGAAUAAUAAAUGUACCUAG